AGUCCGUUCGAUUUCAAAUCAGACAUCGGGUUGCAGUUCCUCAGCUUUGUUUUACAAUGGAAUAUUUCUUAUUGGGAAUUUUAAUACUCAUAUCGAUAGGAUCCUUCAACUAUGCGCAAGAAACAACAUCUUCAGAGGUAUCUAAGAACCAGUGCGAUGGGUACUGCUUCAAGUUCUUAAAGCCAUGGCUGGAAAACGUAGGCGUCAUGCAGAAACUUUGGAUGGUAUGUGAUAUAAGCAAGCUGACGAAUACCCAAUCCAGACUUGAUAAAAUUGAGGGUAGGAUGGUGAAGCAAGAGGAAAACUCUGCCAGCUUUUCGAAAGCAGUCGAGGAAACUAAGCAGAAACUGUUAGAGCAAAGCAAGUUGAUCGGCAAACAAAAACACAGCUUUCAAGUGCCGUUUCAGAAAAUCGGAUCCAAAUAUUAUUAUAUUGAGCAGCAACAGAAGAUCAAUUGGUUUGGGGCGGUACACAGAUGUAGCGAGUUCGGCGGCCAUCUGAUCAGUUUAGAUAGCCAGAGUGAGCUGGAUGCAAUAAUUCCCCAUUUGGAUGCCAAACGAUUCUAUUGGAUUGAUGUAAAUAACCUCAGCGAGAAGGAGGUUUACCGCUCGCUAACAACUGGCGUGAGGUCAAAAUUUUUGAAUUGGAAACGCAAUGAGCCCAAUAAUGCCCGUGGUAAUGAAAAUUGCGUCCAUUUGCAGGACUCUAAUUUUGUAAUGAAUGACAAUACAUGCGGCGAUCUCUUUUAUUUUAUUUGCGAGUCAUUUAAUGAAUAAGCAAUGAGUUAUAUUUUUUAAAUAAAUGUGCAAUCAGCGGCAAUGGAUUUAUAUA